GUGGAUGUCGAGUCGAAGGUGUGGCAAGAAGCCGAAAGGACAUGCCGCCAUGUUCCUACAAUCUUGGGAUGGCAUGCGGAGGGACGAGGGUGCCCUGGGCUGGAAGCAGUCUCCUUCGACGGCACUCUGGAAGCAGACAAGGACGAGGAGACGAGAAUCCGCCAGCUUCGGCUCCCCCCGGAGUGCGUUUUUGAGAAUUCUCACAUCCCUAGUGCGCCACAUUCCUGUCAAACCGUUGACUAAAGGCAGCAAUUCUUCGUCGGCAACCGCCUGCUAGCCUCUGCUAGCCUGCAAGUAGUGCCUAUACUACCAAUUUUCGAGCCGCUUUUCUCUUUUUGGAGAAACCGGCUCCUUUCUGCGCGUUAAUAAUCCACCAUGGCGGCCCCAUAUAGCGAUGUCGCGACAGCGCCCGCCACCAAGACCCAGCUGACGCUCUACGCGCCUCCGGACGAGCGGUACGAGCGCGUGGUGAGCACGCGCGGCGCCGCGGCCGUGCACGUGCAGGCCAUCGGCGACCCAGACGAGCAGGCCGAGGGGUCCAUCGCGUGGCAGCGGGAGACGCACGGCAGCGAAGGGGACGCGGGAAGGGGAGCCGCAACCCGAAGCAGCGGCAGUAGUAGCAGCACCCCCAGCGGCGGCUGUGGCUGUUCUUAUGCUGAGAAAGACAAGAGCAGCACAAGCAGCAGCGGCGUUGGCGUUGGCGGCAGCAGCGGGUUAAGGUUUGGUGAAGGAGUGAGGACAGGCGGGGAGAAGGAGGAGAAGGAGAGGGAGGAGCAGCGCAGUGCGGAGUACGAGGUGCGCACAGCGGAGCCGUCCCAGCUGUACCUGUACAUGCCGCCCACGCAGCGCGCCAGCCACGUGGCAGAGGCCAACGAGAGCCGCCGCCAGCAGGGCGCGCAGAGGGGGGCGGGCGCAUGGGGAGGGCAGACUGCCAGGCUGUGAGAGUGGGUAGUGAUUCUGCCAAGCUGGCAAGCUGAAAGUUGGGGGAGAGAUUUGAAUGUUGAAACCGCCAAGCUGUGAGACUGGGUACUGUUGUUGAUGCGGGGUGGCCGGGUUGCCAGUUUUUGAAGGCAAUGUUCCAGGGCAGGCGAGCAGGGAGGGAGCAAGCAGGACAGGGCCGAUUCUUGGGAGCACUGGAGUGGAGGGAGCUGGGUGCAGCAGGGAGCAGGGCGGGCAAUAGUGUGGCGUUGGGGUGUACAGGCAGAUGAUUGGCAGGAUGUGGGUGUGGGUGGGAUGAGUGGCUACUGGCUGUCAUGGUGUGAGGGUUGAGGAGCCUGGGGUCACAGCCUCACAGAGUGACAGGGUAUGCAUGGAUGUGCUAGGGGACAGGGGGGUGCUGUUUGACGUUUAGGGGAGGGGGAAGGGGAAGGGUUCUACAACUGGACUGGCUGGAACCCUCCCACAUGCGAGGGGGGUGUCUGUCUAUGGAAUUUCCAUUUGUGCUUGACUGAAUAGAUCUAGCAUCCAUGUCGCUUUCAGUGAAUUUUCUUGCAGUAUGGCAAAAACCCUUCAGCAUGUGUGUGGGUGGGCACAUCAUGUGGGUACGUUCUGAAACCUUUCAGCAUGUUUGUACACACUA